AUGGCUCUAGGACUUAAGAUUAGGAAGAUUCGCGUCAAGUCUGUGCUCAACGACCCCAGUGUACCUGGUUUUGACAAAUUGCCUCCCACUCUCCAGAGAUUUUUCGCAAAGUUUCCACCCACCACCAUCAAAAAGUACUCUGCGACCCCAACUUCCACACGAGCUGAAGAUGCUAACCCAUUUAUGCCCAACAAACAUCCUGUCACUUUGAGAUACCAUGCUCCAAGGUACUCGUUGCGACAACAGUCGAUGAUAUACAAGGCUGCUUACAGAUUUGGAAUCCAGGACUUACUUCCUCCAAUGAAGAAAAAAUUCUAUGAGGAAAAAUACAACAACAAAAAAUUGAUGAGAGGUGUCUUAGCUCCAAAGGGCCAUAAGUACGAUCUUGCCAAACCUCAGAAAUUGGCUAAGAUUGAAGAAAGUCUUGCUAAAAUGGACGAAAAAAUUAUCGAAGUUAAGGGAAACAAAUACAAAAGAAUCCUUAAAAAGAAACAAUCAAAAGUCAGUACUUGGUAUUAA